AUGUUGCUGAAGUUUCUCCUAGUCGUAUUCAUUUUAUAUUUGACAUUCGAAGAAUAUGAUGCUUUGGACUCGAAAGAUUACGAAAAAAUCAAAGAACAAUGGAAAAACGAGAAUGUUUUCAAAGGACGAAGAGAUGGAAUAGCACAACUUGCCAGAGGUGGAAAAUUAACCGAACUAGAAAUUCAACAAAUGAUAAAAAGAAUCGAAGAAAAUGAUCAGCAAAAGCUCGAUGCAAUGAAAAAUGAGAAAGAGGAGAGAUUCAAGAACAAGAAAAUAUUGCAAAUUAUUUGGAAGUUGGCUCAACGCGCGGAAAUGGCUGAUGCUUAUUUGCUAGAUGUUUAUGAGGAAUUGGGAAAAAUCUAUGAGGAUCCUUUUCUUUCACGGAUCGACAACAGCAAACUUCGCAAAAUUCGAAGAUAUAUUCGAAAACGUGCGAAAUUUCCACCACAAUUGAGCAAUCAAGAAUUGGCCGAACUUGAAGAAAAAGCUGACGAGAUGGAGAAACUUGCAGAAGAAGAGGUAAAUUUUCUGUCUGGAAAAAAAUCAAUAAUCUAUUUUCAGGACGCUGAAACGAUCAGCGACGCAGAUCGAAGGCGAUUGAAACAACUGUUUGAAGAAUACGCAAGAAUUUUUGAUGGCAACGAUGAUCGGGUUUACAUGCGAACUGCAGAAUUGUAG